AUGUUCGUGGUUGCUAUCUUAAGAACUCCUUCUUCCCAACCCCAGCCGUCGCUUUACUGGGAAGAACCCGUGAGGUCAGAGAUUCUACUAAAGAACAAACCUAGAACGUUCACCCUGGAUGUGGACUAUGCAAUGCCGCCUUCCGAGACUGUCAACGAGGCGUGGUCUUCUCUCUUGCCUAAGCAAGGUGGUUUCUUCAAGCACCCUACCAUCUCACCGAGCGAGAGCUGUUUUGCUGUGUUCCACCAGAUUCACUGUCUUGAUAUGCUACGCUUGGCAUUGUACGAGCUGCAUCCCGACACCAGAAACAGCUCUCAUCAUGCAGGACAUGGUAGCCACAAAUACCAUAGCACAGCCGCAGAAGCGAAUGCUUCUAACGAUAUCUACCAUGUUGGCCACUGCUUUGAUCUUCUGCGUCAAACCAUCAUGUGCCGCCCCGACUUGACAGCUGAACCUAUCAAUCCUGCCCUUGGAGGUGUUACGGGCUUUGGCACUGAGCGUCAAUGUAUUGAUUGGCGAGAGUUGAUGGAUUGGAUGGCUGCCAAUGAAUAA